AUGAGUGUGAGGUGCAGCGUAUGUGCGUGCGGUGCAGCGUAUGAGCGGGCGUUGCAGCGUGUGAGCGGGCGUUGCAGCCAGGUGCAGGCUCAUGUGUGUGUCUGUCGCACAGAUACAGAUGUGUGCCGCCCUCGAUUCCCCCUGCAUCAUGUCACCAUCACGCACAUGCACACGUUCUUUCUCAACUCUCAUCACUCUCUGUGCCAGUCCCAUCACCCCUCCUUACCCCUCCUCACCCCUCAUCCCAAUGCCAUUCCCAUCAUUCCCAUCACUCUUCAGGCGCUCAUCUCUGUGAGGCGCCUGGAGGCGUUUCUCCGCAUCCCCACGCCACCCACUGCUGCCCUCCUCGCCUCUGCCUUCACCACCCCCCGCACCGCCUCAUCCCCUCGCACUGCUCCUGUUCCCACCACUCCACGUGUUCCCACCACUCCACGCAGCAUCACCACCGGGUAUCACAGCAGUCUGCUGCGCUCCCUCUUCCCCUUCCUCCUCCGCCUCCCCUCCUCGCCCCUGCCCCGCCACGCGUCCCCCUCACCCUCGCCUCUCACAGCCCCCCUGCUGCGCCCCUCCCCUUUCCUGGUGAAGCAAGACGGAGCCUCACAGGCGUCUGAUUGUGCGGCUGAUGGUGGCACAGGUGGUGCUGCAGGGGGUGCUGCAGGGGGUGCUGCAGGGGGGGCAGUAGGGGUUGCAGCAGAGGGUGCCACGAGCAGCAGUGAGGACUGUCCACUCCGCCUUGCUGCCACAAAUAAAACCUGUGCAGGCAGUCCGUCCUCCCCACUAGCAGUGCACAUGUGCAGGCUCAGCUUCUCCUGGCAUGCUCCCACCACCGCCACCAGCAACGCUCCCAGCACGCCGACUGGGGAAAGUGUGGAAGAGGGCGGUGCAGCUGCGCAGGAGGGUAGGGAACGUAGGGGAGGCAGGUCCACCAGUGAUGGCAACAGAGAAAACAGCAGAGGGAGCGGCAUGGCGCUGCACGACAUACGCUUGGACGUGCCAGAGGGGGCUGUGGUGGCCAUCGUGGGCAAGGUGGGCAGUGGCAAGUCGUCACUGCUCGCUGCAAUCCUAGGCGAGAUGCAACCCGUGCCAACGCACGCCACUCCAUGCACACAUGCAUAUGCAGCAACAGCAGCAGCAUGUGGGGAGGCACGUCCUCCUGUCAUCCAUAGCUCGCCCCGCUCUGCUGCUGUCCUGCAGGUGCGCACUCCUACUUGCUGCUUGCUCCACACCGAUCUACGCCAUGCCCUCGCUCCACACCGAUCUACGCCAUGCCCUCGCUCCACACCGAUCUACGCCAUGCCCUCGCUCCACACCGAUCUACGCCAUGCCCUCGCUCCACACCGAUCUACGCCAUGCCCUCGCUCCACACCGAUCUACGCCAUGCCCUCGCUCCACACCGAUCUACGCCAUGCCCUCGCUCCACACCGAUCUACGCCAUGCCCUCGCUCCACACCGAUCUACGCCAUGCCCUCGUUCCACACCGAUCUACGCCAUGCCCUCGCUCCACACCGAUCUACGCCAUGCCCUCGCUCCACACCGAUCUACGCCAUGCCCUCGCUCCACACCGAUCUACGCCAUGCCCUCGCUCCACACCGAUCUAUGCCAUGCCCUCGCUCCACACCGAUCUACGCCAUGCCCUCGCUCCACACCGAUCUACGCCAUGCCCUCGCUCCACACCGAUCUACGCCAUGCCCUCGCUCCACACCGAUCCACGCCAUGCCCUCGCUCCACACCGAUCUACGCCAUGCCCUCGCUCCACACCGAUCUACGCCAUGCCCUCGCUCCACACCGCUCUACGCCAUGCCCUCGCUCCACACCGAUCUACGCCAUGCCCUCGCUCCACACCGAUCUACGCCAUGCCCUCGCUCCACACCGAUCUACGCCAUGCCCUCGCUCCACUCCCAGCAACACCACCGCCCCGCUCACCUGCCCCUUUGCUUCUCUGCCCCUCUCUGCCCCGUGCACCAGGAGCCAUGGGUGUUUGCAGGCAGCAUUCGAUACAAUGUGCUGUUUGGGGCGCCAUGGGACCCCGUCAGGUACCAGCAGGUGAUGCACGCCUGUGCACUGCAUGAGGACACGGCAGCCAUGGCAGGGGGUGACGAGGCACGGGUGGCGGACAGAGGGCUCACCCUCUCUGGCGGCCAGCGCGCCCGCCUUGCCCUCGCCAGGUGCACUCUCAGGGCAAUGGGGCUCAUCCGCCUUGCCCUCGCCAGAGGGCCAGCGCGCCCGCCUUGCCCUCGCCAGGUGUGCGCUGAAAGCAUUCGCAUCAGUUGUAUUGUUUGA